AUGAUGAAGUUGGUUGCAUUAAAAUCUUGUGUCCUUAUUUCAUCUUUGUUUGCAGCCCUUCUUCUCCUAACCUUCGAGCCAAGUCGUUGUGCCGCAUGCACUGAAACCGAACAACGAGCACUUUUAACCUUCAAACACUCUUUACAUGAUCCCUCGAAUAAGUUGUCUUCUUGGGGGGAUGGCAAAGUUAAUUGCUGCCGGUGGAAAGGUGUUCUCUGCAGCAGCAUCAGCAGCAGCAGCUUAACUGGCCAUGUGGAAGGACUUCAACUUCAGAGUGGCUUAAAUGGCACAGUGAGCUCUUCUCUGCUUGACCUGAAGCAUUUGAGAUAUCUCGACCUCAGCCGAAACAAUUUCCACCAACCGAUCCCUUCCUUCAUUGGAUCACUUGCUAGCCUCGAGUAUUUGAAUUUAUCUCACGCUGAGUUUUACGGAAAGAUUCCAUAUAGUAUUGGAAAUCUUUCUAAGCUGCACACUCUUAGUUUAGAGGAGACUCGUUCCACACCAUCACUAUUACAAGCUGAUAGUCUGGAAUGGUUGUGGGGGCUUUCUAAGCUGGAGCAUCUCAACUUGAAUGGGGUGAAUCUCAGCCAAGCACACGACUGGGAACAGGUUAUUUUUAAACUCCCUUCUUUAGUCCACCUUCGUUUAAGCUCUUGCAUUCUUAGCGAUUCUGCACCUUUGUCGAAUGAUGUCAAUAUCAGCCGUUCGAAUUUAGAUACUCUUGAUCUCUCGUCAAACUCCUUUGUCUCGGAAUGGAUUUUCCGACUCGCCAAUCUGAAUUUUCUUGAUUUGAGUGUCAACUCGUUUGAAGGUCCAAUCCCAACAAAUGCCAAUUUCACAAGACUCCAACACGUUAAUCUCUCCGAAAAUUAUUUCAAUUCCACCAUUCCGGACUGGCUCUACUCUUGUGAAAACCUUGAGUUUGUCAAUUUGGGUUCAAAUAAUCUACAGGGGAAUAUUUCCACUGCCAUAGAAAAUUUAACCUCUCUCACCACACUCGUUUUAUCACACAACGAACUUUCUGGAGAAAUACCGAGAGAAAUUGGCAGCCUGUGCAAAAUGCAAAGGCUGGACCUAUCUUAUAAUAAGUUGGGAGGAAAUAUAUCCGAUUCGUCAUUCGAAAAUGUGUCAAGUUGCUUCUUAGGCAGUUUGGAAUUUCUAGAUUUGAGUAUGAAUCAACUUUCUGGUCAUCUAACUCAUAUGUUGGGGUCAUUUAAGCGGCUGGGAGCUCUCAUGCUUGGCAGAAACUCAUUAUCGGGCGUGAUUCCAAGCAAUAUAGGAAACUUAUCUUCCCUUCAGUCUUUAGAUAUGUCUUAUAACAGAUUGAGUGGGAAUCUCCCGGAGAGUGUUGGCCAACUUUUUAACUUGAAAGGUCUUCUCCUUCAUUUUAAUAUGCUGGAAGGAGUCGUGACUGAAGCCCACUUUGCCCGUCUCUCGAAACUGACAGUUUUAUCUGCCUCUGGGAACCACUUGACUUUAAACAUAAGCAACCCCGACUGGAUUCCACCAUUCAAACUAGAGACACUUCUGUUGGGUUUAUGGAGUUUGGGCUCAGACUCUCGGAUUUUCUCGUGGCUCGGGACACAACAGAGUAGUAUUUUAGAACUUGAUUUAUCUUCUACUGGAAUCUCGAGCGACGUGCCCAGCUGGCUGUGGAGUGUCAAAUAUCUCAACCUCUCAUAUAACCAGCUCCAUGGCCAGAUUCCAGUUAUAAGUGACCCUAAGAUUGAUGACGUUAAUUAUGGCCGAUUCAUAUAUUUGAGUUCCAACAAUUUUAGUGGCCCAUUGCCUCGUGUAGGAAACAAGGUGUCAGAGCUUGAUCUAUCAAACAAUUCGUUUUCGGGAGGCAUAUCCCACUUUGUCACACCUCAACUCAGUAUUUAG